AUGAACUUCCUAGCACGAAUAUUCUCUAUGGGUUCGCCAGCCCGCCGUGCCACCCUGGCUCAUCGUAGACUGACAACUUCCAGGUUACUUAAGUCAAAAGUACAAGGUGAUGUUGUUGGUAUCGAUUUAGGUACAACCAACAGCUGUGUAGCUGUUAUGGAAGGGUCCGUGCCGAAAGUUAUCGAAAAUUCAGAAGGUAUGAGGACAACACCAUCUGUAGUCGCUUUCACAGAUGAUGGUCAGCGACUUGUCGGUGUUGUCGCUAAGAGACAAGCCGUUACUAACCCGGAGAACACCGUUUUUGCUACUAAAAGGUUCAUCGGACGUAGAUUUGACGAUGACGUCACUAAAAAGGAACAGAAAACGUUACCAUACAAAAUUGUAAGAUCAUCAAAUGGUGAUGCAUGGAUCGAAGCACAAGGGAAACAAUAUUCCCCAAGUCAGAUAGGUGCGUGCAUCCUUUCCAAGAUGAGGGAGACUGCCGAAGCACAUCUCGGAAGAAAGGUAACCAAAGCUGUUAUUACAGUACCAGCAUAUUUCAAUGACUCCCAACGCCAAGCUACCAAGGAUGCCGGUAAAAUUGCUGGACUUGAUGUAUUGAGGAUCAUCAACGAACCUACCGCAGCUGCUUUGGCGUUCGGUCUUGAAAAGAAUGAUGGAAAGACCAUUGCCGUGUACGAUCUGGGUGGAGGUACCUUCGAUAUUUCCAUAUUGGAGAUACUUGGAGGUGUGUUCGAGGUAAAGGCUACCAAUGGAAACACUUCACUUGGUGGUGAAGAUUUCGAUCAACGUAUACUCAAGUACCUUAUAUCCGAAUUCAAGAAACAGCAGGGUAUCGAUCUUACAAAUGACAAAUUAGCGCUACAAAGGUUACGUGAAGCUGCAGAAUCAGCAAAAAUCGAACUAUCUAGCAAAACACAAACAGAAAUCAACCUGCCAUUCAUUACAGCCGAUAUGACCGGACCCAAACAUAUGCAGUUUAAACUAACCAGGGCUAAACUAGAAGAGAUAUGUGACGAUCUACUUAAGGGGACUAUUGAGCCAUGUGAAAAGUGUCUCAAAGAUGCAGGAGUAUCUACUAAAGAUCUAAAUGAUAUCAUAUUGGUUGGAGGUAUGACAAGAAUGCCAAGGGUCGGCGACAUCGUACAGCGUAUAUUCGGAAAGGAACCAUCGAAAUCUGUUAACCCCGAUGAAGCUGUUGCUAUGGGUGCAGCUAUCCAGGCCGGUGUGCUCAAGGGUGAAAUUAAAGAUUUGCUACUUCUAGAUGUCUGCCCUCUGUCACUAGGUAUCGAGACCCUUGGUGGUGUAUUCACAAGACUCAUCAACCGCAAUACAACGAUACCUACCAAAAAGAGCCAAAUAUUCUCAACUGCUGCCGAUAACCAAACUCAAGUUGGUAUCAAGGUAUACCAGGGUGAACGUGGCAUGGCUGCUGAUAACCAGCUGUUAGGCCAAUUUGAACUUGUAGGUAUCCCCCCAGCCCCCCGAGGUGUACCACAAAUCGAGGUGACCUUCGAUGUAGAUGCAAAUGGUAUCAUGAACAUCAGUGCCGUGGACAAAUCAACAGGUCGCAAGCAGGAGAUUACUAUACAGAGCAGUGGCGGUCUUAGCGACGAGCAGGUUGAGCGCAUGGUAAAGGACGCUGAGGCAUUCAAGCAAUCUGACGAGCAGCGUAAGCAGUUGGUUGACGCUCGCAAUGAAGCUGAGACGCUCUGCUACGCCGUUGAGAAGCAGUUGACCGAUUUCAAGGACAAGAUUUCCGAGGAUGACAAGAAAUCGCUAGAGGAGCAACUUGGCGAACUUCGACAACAAAUGUCAACUGAAGAUCUCGAUAGACUUAAAGACUCGCACAAACGUCUCCAGGAACUAUCGUGGAAGGUAUCGCAACAAAUGUAUCAGGGUAACCAGCAGUCUGGCACGAAGGAGGGUUCGGAGAACGAUCCUGAAUCCGAGACCAAAAAUUGA